AUGCAGAGCGGGACGAGGAUCCCAAAGCCCUCCGGAGGGGGAAGGGCGCCGGCGGGCGCAGAGGGCAGACAGGCUGGACGCGAUCGGACGAACGAAUGGAACAACGGCCGCAAGAUGGAACAGCCGGCGCUGGCCGACGCUGAGGGUGGCGCCCUGAAGGCACGGCAGACUCGAGCGCAGUCGCGCCUCCAGAAGCCCUCACUCCCAGAGGCGGUCCUGCGGGGCUCCAGGAAGCGCAAGGACGUGGGCGAUGGCUGUCCAGGACCGCAGGCCAAGAGGCAGCCCUCGGCACAGAAGAGCGCACCACCGCCACCGGCCGAAGAGACCUUCGAGGAGCUGCAUGAGAGGACCGGCAAGUCGGAGCUGGACAUACUGAGCGAGAAGCUCAAGUUCAACAAGGGCGCCAGCGCGCCCAAGAAAAUGGAGCUGAUGAAGAACUGCAUCAAGGACCUGCGGACGGUGGGGCACUCUCUAUUGGAGAGGAAGGACAAGUUCGAGGCGGAGGCGUCGUACCAGGCGGCGCAUGUGGAGGAGCUGCGCGCCGUCUGGGAGGGAGAGGAGGCGAUGCGCGACAAGAGGAUAGAGGGCCUCGAGGAGGAGCUGCAGGGCGCCAAGGCGAGCCUGUCUGACACGAAAGACUGCUUGUCUCGCGUCCAGGAUGAGCUGAGGGACCUGCACCAGACAUCUGGGCAGCAGAUAUCUUCUCUCGACGAGGCCCUGCGCACCUCCAAACACGAGCUCGCCUUCUGUGAGAAAAGCUUGAGCGAAAGGACUGCCAAGGUGGAGGAGCUGGAAGAGAGCAGCAGGACGGCGCAGAAUUACAGCACAUCUCUGCAGAACUACAACCAAGGCCUUCAGCGCCAACUGAGCGAGCAGAAGGAAGCCUGUCAGGCUCUGGUGGACGAAAAUCGCGGCCUGAAGGAGCAAGUCAUGUUGCUGAGCGGCUCCACAACCCAGCUGGAGCAGAAAGUCGAGGCUGUCAAGAGCGUGGCAGAGACAAAGGUGCAGCUGCUCCAGGGAGACAGCAGCCAGGCCAAAUCGGAGUUGGCCAGGUUGUCCAAGGAGUUGCACAGCGUCACGUUGGCCAGGGACCAAUGGCAGCGGGAUUGCGAGAAAUGGAAGGCACAGGCAGACAUGUACCAGGAAAAGACUGGGAAGAGCCUUGAGGAGAUGCAGAACAUGGAAACUCGGAGGAUGGCAUUGGAAGGCAUGUGCUCCGAUCAGGAUGAGAUAAUGGAGAGGCUGAGGCGCGAAACAGCGAUUGCUGUAGAGCAGAAGAGGCUUGCAGAAGAGUUAGCCUCAAGGAGGGGCGAUGAGAAUGUCGAGCUCAAGAGGAAAGUUGAGAGCCUGGAGGCUCUGGUGGUGGAGAAAGAGACUCAGAUGAAGGAGGGUGAAGAGAUCCGCAAGCGACUGCACAACACCAUCAUGGAGCUGAAAGGCAACAUCAGGGUAUUUUGCAGAGUCCGACCGGUUGGAGACGGCGAGUGUGGAACAGCUCCAAAGACUGCCACGCCAUUGGUGGAGUACCCCUCACAAGGCGACCAGAAGGACAGGGCGAUCAAGGUGCUGGCGCCCAGUGGCUCUUCUGGAACGUCAUCAGACUUCCAGCCAUUCGAGUUCGCGUUCGACAGAGUAUUUCCAGCCCAGAGCACGCAGGAGGACGUGUUUGACGAGAUAUCCCAGCUUGUCCAGAGCGCCCUUGAUGGGUACAAGGUCUGCAUUUUUGCAUAUGGCCAAACAGGCAGCGGCAAGACGUACACGAUGUUGGGGAACAGUGAGAACAACGGUGUGAUCCCACGAGUGAUGCAGCAGGUCUUCCAGACCAGCAACGAGCUGCGAGAGCAGGGCUGGAACUUCCGCAUGCGGGCGAGCAUAUUAGAGGUCUACAACGAGGAAUACAAAGACCUGCUCGGGAAGCAUUUGGCAGCCAACGAGAAGCAUAAAGUGCACCAUGAUGCUCACGGGAACACCACAGUGAGCGGCCUGACGACAGUGGACGUCAGCAAGCCCGAAAAUGCAGCAGAACUCCUGAGGAGGGCAAUGGAGAAACGGGCCGUCGGGGCAACCAAGAUGAACGACAACUCGUCACGGAGCCACAUGGUUUUCACCCUAAAGCUGGAUGGCAGCAACGAGGGCACCCAACAGCACGUGCAAGGUGUCCUCAAUCUCAUCGACCUCGCGGGCAGCGAGCGAGUCAAGGCUUCAGGCUCGCAGGGUGACAGGCUCAAGGAGGCCCAGAACAUCAACAAGAGCCUGAGCGCGUUGGGUGACGUGAUAAUGGCACUGGGGACCAAGAAUGAGCACGUGCCUUACAGGAACUCCAAGCUGACAUGGCUGCUGCAGAACUCGCUCAGCGGCGCCUCCAAGGUCCUAAUGUUUGUCAACAUCUCGCCUGCGCAGGAGUCUGCAAACGAGUCAUUGUGUUCUUUGCGAUUUGCCGCCAAAGUGAAUGCUUGCGAAAUUGGGGUGGCCAGGAGGACGGUGAAGACAGACCAAAAAGACAGCCAGCCAACGCGGUCUCCACGGUCAAGAUGA